AUGGACCGCAUGCGAAGGGAGGAACCGUCGACCGUUGAGAAGACACAAACGGACCACAUAGUCCCGGACACUGAUCGAGGCUUGGAGGAAAACAACUUCAGAAGCAUCGAUGAACUGGUGAACUCGAUUAAUCCCACUCUUGCGGCUGAAUCUUGCGAUUUAGACUGUACUCUGUCCACUGAGCAGACUCAACCAUCCCAGACGUCUACGUCCGGCAUGUUUCCCCUCGACGGACCGGCUGCCUUCGCGGAUACCGAUAAGCUGUCGUUUCUGGCUGAUAUCGUCAACGCCAAUCCGGUUCGACAUGGCAACUCUGUGCCACUUGAGCAAGCCUAUGCGAACUUGACCGAGGACCGACUGAAGAGGGCCGAGGCGGAGAUGCGGGAGACGAGGACUACGUCGGACCCCGACGUAUCGGUCUUGCUUCGCGAGCUGUCGAUCUUUGGCCAUGCACAGCCGCUCUCGAACGAAUCCCGUUUACUUAUGCGGAGGAAGAUACAAGCUCUAGACAUCCGCGCCGGUAUGCCUGCAAUCUGGAUUACCAUCAGUCCCAACGACAUUAAUAACCCGGUAAAGAUGAAGCUUGCCAUUCAUAGGCUCCACGAUUAUGAGUCUGCGAAGGAGCUUUUGGCCGAUCUCCGUGAAAAGUACGACAGGAUCGCCCUGAGCACCAUGGAUCCGGUUAGCUCGGCCAUCUUCUUCCACCGAGAAAUAUCCCUAUUCUUUGAAAAGUAUGUGAAUACAGGCCGGGAAUCGAUCUUCGGGAAGAUCAGCCACUACUACGCCACGGUGGAAACGAAUGAGCGAGGCAGCCUCCACUUGCAUGGACUCUGGCUGGACGGCAACAUGCGCUUACCGAACUUGAUAGACGACAUGGCCAAUCCCGCGGAAGAAGCAUAUCGCGCCCAGGUGAUUCGAUAUAUAGACUCCGUCUUUCAUGAGUGUCUAGAUGAAGAUGCCGGAAAAGCCGUGCGACAGGAGAGGAAGCCCAUCGAUCCCGUGGAGGAGGUCAUGACCAGCACCUCGGCUCUCACUGCGGCUUUUGAAGACGAAUCCAAUUUUAUCGCAUACUGUUGCCAAGUGCACUCCCACACAUACACCUGCCUUAAGUAUUCUUUGAAGGGGGUCAUCGACCGGGGGGCAGAUCAACAGAGACGGACAGCCUGCCGCUUCAAGGCACCGUGGAAGAUCGUCGAGCAGACAGGAUUCACAGAGGAUGGCUUGCUUCAGAUUCGGCGCAACCAUCCACUCGUCAACCGGUAUAACAAGUCGUUGGCGGUCGGCCUUCGCCACAAUCACGACGUCUCGAUGAUCUUGACCAAGACCAAGGGCCUGGCCAUGGUGUACUACAUCACGAACUACGCCACCAAGCUGGAUACGCCGAUGUGGAAGCGCAUUGCUCUCGCCACCGAGGUUGCCCGCCAACUUCGCGAGGCCGGUCGUCCGACGUCUCGCGCGCCAGGUCCCGCCCUGCCCGACGAGAGGCACCAGGCGGUAUUGAACGAAAGCCGUCAAUUCCUGAUGAGAACGGCAAAUCGCAUCUUCUCCGAGCGACAACUCUCGGCUGUCGAGACUACGGCCGGGCUAGUCCCGCUCGACGGCGGCGAAGGCCCGGCGGCCCUCCAUGUCGGCUGGGGCCAGGUAUCCUGCGGAGCCCCCUUGCUUCCGGCCGAGGCUGCAGCCAAACCUAUCCCGUUCGACGGCAGUGAAGGACCGGCGGCCCUCCAUGUCGGCUGGGGCCGAAUGUCCCGUGGAGCGUCCGAACUUCUCGUCUGCGGCGGCGAGGGCCCGGCGGUCUCCGCCGUCGGCAGAGACCGGAUUUCUCUCGGUGCGCGCUGGCCUUUCCCUGAGGCCGAGACGGCGCUGGGCCCGCCCAGCGGCAGCCAGUGCCCCGCCGCCCUCGGUGUAGGCGGCAGCCAAGUUGCCGCCGCACUCGGUGUCGGCUGA